AAAAAAAAAAAAAAGUUCAUCUUUCUAUCGUUCUAUCAUUUAGGAAAAAAGAAAAUAAAAAUGUCUACAGCAUUUAUACCUGCAGAGUCUGUGGCGCCUCGUUUAAAGGUGCACCAACAGACAUUUCGCUUCAUGGACCAACACCCAGUUUACAUUCAAGUGAUUGCGAUGGACCAUUCUGCAUGGGUUUGGAUCUCUUCAGCUGCUCGUGCACUUUUCCAAGCAACACAGCAACAACAGCCACAGCAACAACAACAGCAAGAUAGUACUGGAGGCAAAGGAGGAGGAGGAGGAGGAGGAGGAGGAGGAGGAGGAUCAUUUGGAGAUUUUGCUAUGGCAAUGCCUCCUUUCCGACCUGGACAGGCUCCAGUGUCUAGUUUGUUGCUUGGAAAUUCAUUAGAAGAAACAUCUACAAGUAUAGCACGUCGUCUAGCUACGAAAUUCAAGUGUCAAUUCCUAGUCAAUGUUGAUAUUCCACCUAGUAUGGAUAAUGAAAUGUUGGUAGCGUUUGCAGAACGUAAGCUGUUGGAGAUGUUACAAUCGAUUGAUCUGAUGGGAUCCAUAACAAAGUCAUGAAGAGGCAAAGGACCAAGGAUAAAGGACCAAGGAUAAAGAAAUAAGGAUCUUAAAAGAAGCAAGCAAAGGAACGAGUUACCAAUUAGCAGCCUUACAAACCUAUAGAAAUGUAAAAAAAAAAAAAGUUUCCUCUUCAUCAUCAUCUUCUUCUUUUUCUUUCCUCUUUUUCUUCUCCUUUCUUCAAAAAACUUGAACUUUGUAUGAACACUGUAGACAUCUUUAUAUUAAAUUUACAACAAC